AUGGCCCAGCUAGGCAUGCUGACGCCCCUAGGGCCUCUCCCGAGGACGGAUGCGCUCCCAGGGGCCCUGCCAGCGCUGUUGGCGCCCUCAGCGGCUCUCCUAGGGGCGAUGGCGCCACUAGGAGCUCUCCCACAGACAGCGGUGCUCACAGGGGCCCUCCCAGUGACGGCGGCUCCCCCAGGGGCCCUGCCAUGGGCCGUGGCGCCCGCGGGGGUUCUCUUACGGACACCAGCGCUCCCUGGGACCAUCUCAAAAGACGGCGACGCCCCUAGUGGCCCUGCCAUGGGUGGUGGCGCCCUCAGGGGCUCUUCCAGGGACGGCUGCCUCCACAGGGGCCCUCCGAGGGACGGCAACGCCACCAGGGUCCUGCCAGAGGCAAUAGCGCCCCCACGGGCCCUGCCAGGGACCCGGCUGUGGGCGCCCCCAGAGGCCGUCUCAGGGACGACUGCACCUCCAGGUGCUCUCCUAGAUACAACAGCGCCCCCAGGGGCCCUGCCAUUGGAGAUAGUGCCCCCAGGGGCCCAGAUGUGCGUGCUCACGCCACUAGGGUCUCUCCCAGAGACGGCUGCGCUCCCAGGGACUCUCCCAGGGGCCCUGCCAGGGUUGUUGGCAUCCUCAGCGGCUCUCCUAGGGGCCCUGCCAGGUACGGGGCCCUGCCAGGUGGCGCUGGCGCCCGCAGUGGCUCACCCAGGAACGGCAGCGCCCCCAGGUGCUCUCCCGGGGACAACGACGCCCCCAGGUGACCUGUCAGGGACGGUGGCGCCCCUAGGGGCCAUGCCAGGGACGGCGGCGCCACCAGGGGCCCUACCAUGGUCCGUUGCGUCCCCAGGGGCCCGGCUAUGGUCGUUGGCGCCCCCAGGUACUAUCCCAGGGGCUCGUUCAGGGACGUCAGCGCCCCCAGGAACUCUCCCAGGGACAGUAGCGGUCCCAAGGACCCUCUCAGGAACGGCGGCACUAUUCUUUUAA